AUGGCUGCUCUUCCAAAUAAUCCCACUGUCAACACCAUCAUCACAAACAAUCAAACUCUUCUCCAUCUCAUUAUGACUAAUGUCACCAAGCUCACACCAACAAAUUAUCUCAUGUGGAAACUCCAAGUUCAUGCUCUUGUUGAUGGUCAUGGCCUUCUUGGUCAUCUUGAUGGAUCAACGGUGGCUCCAUCUCCUCAAGUCACCAACAACAAUGUCACAACUCCAAAUCCUGACUUCGUUACAUGGCAACGACAAGACAAUCUCAUUUAUAGUGCUUUGCUUGGAUCGAUGUCUCUUACUUUUGACACUCUUGCUACCCUUGGCAAGCCGGUUGCCCAUGAAGAACAGGUUGACUAUAAUCUUGAAGGACUUCCUGAUGAAUAUCGCCUUGUUGCUGAUCAAAUUGAAGGACGUGAUGUACCACCCACAUUAACAUACAUUCACGAACGUCUUCUCAAUCAAGAGGCAAAGAUUCUCUCUAAAGCUGCUUCCUCAACGUUUCCUGUUUCUGCUAAUCUUGCCACUCAACGCAACAAUGCUUCUCAUCGUGGUGGCCAUUACAACAAUGGUAAGAAACACUACAACAAUAACAAUAACUCAUACGGAACCUCCUCCAACUAUCAAUAUUCAGACUGGUUUGUUCCGAUGAGCAUCGUGGACACAGGCCUUACUUAG